CAAGCAUAAUUUUUGAGAACUUUUUGAUGCACAAACAACCAACCCCUACUGUUUUCAUAUUUUAGUUAUUUAAAACAAGCUUUAAAACAAUUUGAAAACUGCUAAAAUGUGGAAGUUUGUAAACUGUACAAUUUAAGAUGGAAUGCCAUCUCUAUAUAGAUCGCCAAAACAUCCCAAAAUAAAUGAUAAAAAAUGAAGAGCCAAUCAUGCAUAUAUCUAACACUAAUAUACAUCACAGUUGUUUUAUUUACUGAAGCACAAUGCAAAAAUUCCAAACGAGCAGAAAUAGAAUCAGAGUUAUACAAAAACGUUUUACCGUAUGUACAAAUCGUGCAAUAUGAUGCUGCCAAGGCCAAAGAAGAACUUUUUAAGAACACAAAACCACAUUUAAAACACAAAAAUAAAACCAAACUGCUGCAGGAACUUAAUAAGAAGGUUCUCCCAUGGCUUGAUGAAAUUACAAAUAAAGUGAACGCAAUUGCAAAUGGCAAAGCUGGAGAAUUGAGAGCAGAGCUACGGAAAGUACACCAUCACAUCAAAGGUCCAACUGCACUAAACACAUGGCAGGAAGAGCAAGUUGGACAGGAGUUGGCAAGUGCACAAACAAGCAAUGAAGUAAUAAAGCAGGAAGAAGCUGGUCAACUUCUGGAGCCACAGUCCAACAUUCAACAGUUAGAUGACAUAAAUAAAGAAACGCAAUCUGUUCAACUUGAACAUAGCAAAGACACAAAAGAAAUUAGCCAAACUCAGCUUGAAGAGAUUAAUGGGAAAAAACCUGAAGAUCAGAACCAAGAAAUCGAAACUGAAGUGGCACAGCUCACAAACCAAAUAGCAGAUUUUCAAGAAGAAAUCAACUUGAUGAAAAAUGAGCCAGCACAAAACCCUGUUCGACACAAAAUCAGUAAAAAACCUGCAAAAGCUGCACAGAAAUUAAAAACCAGAAAGCGUGGAUCCAGCGGCACUGUCAAAAUUAUAUUUGGAGGUAAUGUUGGCUUUGACGGCAUAGUAAGAUACAAAGUAGAAGCUGGAAUUUGCACAUAUAACGAAUCCUUUAAUAGAAUUCGAAGAUAUCUUGCAAAAGCAGAUCAUGUAGUAGUAAAUCUUGAUUCUGUAUUUCAAUAUGAUAAUGAGAGUAGCAUAUUGCCUGAUGGGAAGUUGGCAGAAGAUGAAGCAGUUAAGUCCUUCAGUUAUGCUGGCAUAGACACAGUCAUCCUGGCAAAUGAUCACAUUCUCGAUUACGGUCCAGAAGCUGCAACUUACACUGCUGCUAUAUUGCAUCAAAAGAACACUUUAUUUUCAGGAUUCACAAUAGGACUCAAAUCAAACAUUAAACAAGAGCCAGUGAUAUAUGCAACAAAUGGUGUAACAAUUGGGUUGCUAUCAUACUGUAUGAGUUUAGAAGGAUGUGCAAGAAUAAGAAAUCAAACAGAAGUUGGGCCGGCAGUCUUCAAUGUAGAUAUUGUCAAAGAAGAAGUAACUGCGCUACGAGAGAGUGGAAUUGAUGUUGUAAUAACUUAUUUACACUGGGGUGAAGAAGACAAUCUAAUGCCAGCAGAAAAAAUUAAAGAGAUCGUUCGAGAUCUGAGUGAUGUUAAAAUAGAUGCCAUUGUUGGAAGUCAUCCCAAUAUUGAGGGUCACUACUUUUUUAGAGGAACACUUAUAAUGUUGAGUCUUGGUACAUUUUUAACGCCAAUGCAUAUUCACAUAUAUAAAACUAAACCAGGAAGUAAAUAUACAAAAUUAAUGGAUAAACUUUGGGAUAAACAAAGUGAGCGAUGGGAAUUACCUUCUUUAAAUUCAAAACUGUUGCAAAUGGAAGUCAAUAGGGAUGGUCUGGUUCCUUUUAAAUCAAGAUAUCUGCCUAUAAGAAUGGCUGUUAACAAAAAUCACUGUUUACAACCUGAAAGAGUACCAACAGAAUGGUGGAUCCCAAUAUGUACAAAACGAGAUAAACAAUGCUUAGGUUCAAGUCGAUGUAAUGAACUCGAAUGUGGCGGAAUUGUUGGUAGUUAAAAAACGCACAUACUAAAAAGAGAAAGCUAGAACAACAUAAGAACAACUUCAGAGCAUAAUAAACUUUUAAGGCAAAUUUAAUAGAAUCGAGAUUUUUGUUCAGUUGGUGAGGUCACAGCAAAAAAACUACACUUAAUGAGCUUUAUUGUGUUACACAAUUACACUGGAUAACACACAUUUUUCUUUUAUUGGUUUAUUAAAAUUUUAUUUAACACUAUUUGUAUAUAUAACACUUAUCUAUAUAAAUAAAAUAAAGCAAGCAUUA